AUGGCUUCUUCUUCCGCUACCUCUUUGCGACAAGGUUCAUCCGGAGCCUCGUCCGGCCAUUCGCAUCCACAAUCGACAUCGCUCUCUCGACACUCUAACUCUAACUCUAACUCAUCACGCUCGCGAUCAUUCACCCAUCAAGAUGUCGACCCCAACGCGCCGUCCAUCUCUAUCGAUACUCUCGUCAACCAUCUCCUCGUCGCUAAACGGUCGCUUUCGUCAAUGACCCUUGUCCUGCGCGCAAACGAAAUCGCAAAUGCUGCGCGCCAGUCCCACGAGGAUGUCGCCAUACUAGCUGCCCAGGCGGGCUUCCUAAAAGAGUCUAUACUCGACCAGACUACGAUACUUGUUAGAGUUAGGAGGAGUCUGCAGGGUACUUAUGACUGGGGUAAGAGAGACUUCAAGAAGCUCAUCAGGUCGAUGGACCUGGUCGAUGGCGGGCUGGAGCAGACCAUGGAGAUGCUCCGUGAUACGAGCGUCGAAGGUGUCUUUCGGCCUGAAGGUGAAGAGAGACGAAGCCUUCUUGACUUUAUCGAUGAAGGAGGUGUUCACGGCGUCAGAGAGGCUAUGAAGAAAAGUAUCCAGGAGCUACAGUCCUUUGACGGCGACUUGCUCCGCUUCGACACCGACAUUCGCAAUCUCAGAAAAAUCAUCACCGAUACCCCAGCCCUGACACACGAUGACACCCACUUCCCAACCUUUGAGCUUCUCGAAGGCCUUGUCGACCACUCCGCCAACAUGGCACAGCUUCUCGUCUCCCUAACGCACCACUUCGACAUGUGCGUCACAGCCAUCCGAACAACCGAAGGCGGUGUCGCUCUCGCGCGACGUAGAGCCGCAGAAGUAACACAGACCCAAGGCAACGACGGCGUAUCCAUUUCUGGCGUUAUCGCCGAGCAGGAAUCCAACGUCUCAGACCUCGAACCCAACACCGCAAAGGACCGCGCCGAGAUGCUAAAGGUAGUCGUCCAAGACGCCGGCGAAGUCAACGAUGUGGUGCAAGAAAUACAGGAACGCCUCACGGCAAUGGAGCAGGACUACCUCGUGCUGCAGGAACAGCACGACAUCUCAAAACAGGCGUACUCGAAUAUGCUAGAAGCGUACGCCGUGCUCGGCGAGAUCGGCGAUCGACUCGCUGACUACCUCGCUGCAGAAGGAGACUUCAAAUCACGAUGGGACAUGGAAAAGGAGAGUGUAUUUUCCAAAUUGCAGGAAAUGCAACAACUCAAAGAAUUCUACGAGCGAUAUGCAAGUGCGUACGACAGUCUCAUCAUCGAAGUCGAGCGACGCCGCGCAGUAGACGAUAAAGUGAAAAACAUAUGGCGCAAAGCCCAAGACUCAGUCGACAAGCUUCUCGACGCGGACCGCGCAUCGCGCGAGACGUUUCGGCAGGAUGUAGGCGAAUAUCUCCCCACGGAUCUGUGGGCUGGAAUGCAAGGGUCUGCCAAGAAAUGGACUGUUGUUCCUGAUGGAGAGGGGGAGGAUGUGAAGGGGCCGGCGCUGAGGAGGAGUGUUGUUGAGGGUGCGAGGGAGAGGCUUGGACGGGUGGAGAGGAGGUAG